AUGGCCGACCGAGAUGAAAUGGUAUACAAGGCUAAACUGGCUGAACAAGCCGAGAGAUAUGACGAGAUGGUGGAAAAUAUGAAAGAAGUUGCUGACCAAGGCUCAGAGUUGACUGUUGAAGAAAGAAACCUUUUAUCAGUUGCUUACAAAAAUGUGAUAGGAGCACGACGAGCUUCAUGGAGAAUCCUUAGCAGUGUAGAGCAGAAAGAAGAGCCCAAAGGUUGUGAGCAGCGACUAAAUCUGAUUAGAUGUUACAGAUCAAAGGUUGAGUCUGAGCUACAAGAUAUUUGCAACGAUGUGCUGGCUGUAUUGGAGAAGAAACUUUUGGUGAAUGCCACUUCAGGAGAAUCUAAAGUGUUUUAUUUUAAAAUGAAGGGCGAUUAUCACCGCUACCUGGCUGAAUUUGCCACUGGCACUGAGAGAAAGCAAGCUGCUGACAACAGUUUAGGAGCUUACAAGGCAGCCAGUGACAUUGCCAUGAAUGAGCUGCCACCAACUCAUCCCAUCCGAUUAGGGCUGGCUCUCAACUUUUCUGUUUUCUAUUACGAGAUCCUUAGCAACCCUGAACGAGCAUGUCGGCUGGCCAAGGCUGCAUUUGACGAGGCCAUUGCUGAGCUGGACACCUUGAGUGAAGAGAGCUACAAAGAUUCCACCCUUAUAAUGCAGCUUCUGAGAGACAACCUUACUCUAUGGACAUCAGAUAUGCAAGCUGAAGAAUGUGAACAAAAAACUGAGCAGCUGCAGGAUGUGGAAACCGAGGAGCCAGUUACAACUUGGACCAGUCAAGUUUUUUCUUUCUUUCUUUCUUUCUUUCUUUCCUCCCUCCUCUCUAACUCUCCAAUAAGGGAAACAUUGAACAGAAAAAUAUAUUUAAUGCAAAAACCUCUUUCUUCCUGGACCUUCUUUGUGCUGUUGUCCUCUGCUGCUGCCGCCCAACCUCCUCCUCUUUUCCUAAAAAGUUGGUCACUCUUUUCCUACCCUUCCCUUCCUGCUUCCUUUCUUUAA